UACGUAACUCCUUGAUUUCAACACUUGCAUCCCAUCCGCUCUCACAAUAUAGCACCGCUAUCGCUAGCACUACCAGAAUAACCCCCCUAAUCACUGCAGAUAUCACUAUCGCCACCAUCACUUUACCGCACCGACGAAACCACAAUCAACAUGCGUCCUAGUCAAUCCCUCGCGUUCCUUAUCACCCUGGUGAUGGCAGCUAUGGUUGGCGCCCUCCCCCCACCGCCGGGCAGCAAUCGCAUCCUUAUGCAGCCUGGACAGACCCUCGAGGACCGGAUGCUGAGGGCCGAGCCUGUGCUCCGCGCAAACGAACACGGCAAGGCACUCAAAAAACGGUUUGUCAUAAAAUCCGGAAAAAUCUACGGGCCCAAGGGGAUAUAGACAGCAAAUGCAAAUCCGCAUCAGUUGGUCGACUGGUUG